UCGAAUACCGCCGUUUAUGCCAUGGCACGAUAACAUGGACCUCCUGGACUGGCUGGGGCUCUACUUUGGUUUUCAGGGAGACAACGUCAAGAACCAGAGAGAGCAUCUGGUGCUUCACUUGGCAAACUGUCAAAUGCGCCUCCGGCAGCCGUCGACCUCCUCGGACCGCCUUGACUCUGAGGUUCUUCGCCGCUUCCGGCAAAAGCUUUUGAAGAAUUAUACUUCCUGGUGCUCUUAUUUGGGGAAAAGGUCUCAGGUUCGGCUUCCAAGUCGCCACAACUCCAACCUCCAGCGUAAUGAGCUCCUGUAUGUAUGUCUCUAUUUAUUGAUAUGGGGUGAAGCCGCGAAUCUGCGCUUUGCCCCCGAAUGUUUGUGCUAUAUAUAUCAUCACAUGGCAGUGGAACUCAAUUACAUACUUGAUGAUCACACUGAUGAGAAUACUGGACAACCUUUUGUUCCUUCUACAUGUGGUCAAUUUGGUUUCUUGAAUAAUGUUGUUACACCAUUUUAUGUGACAAUUAAGGGCGAGGUUGAGAGGAGUAGGAAUGGCACUGCCCCACAUUCAGCUUGGAGAAACUAUGAUGAUAUUAAUGAGUAUUUUUGGAGUAGGAGGUGUUUUCAGAGGAUAAAAUGGCCUAUUGACCUUAACAGUGAUUUUUUCUAUACUGCAGAAAAGAGGGUGGGAAAGACAGGAUUUGUGGAGCAACGGACAUUUUGGAAUGUGUUUAGGAGCUUUGAUAGGUUAUGGGUUUUGUUGAUAUUGUUUUUUCAGGCUGCUACAAUUGUUGCAUGGGAGGGGACUAAAUAUCCAUGGCAGGCAUUGGAGAUUAGAAAUGUGCAGGUUCAGUUGCUUACAAUUUUUAUUACCUGGGCUGGUUUAAGGUUUGUUCAAUCAGUACUUGAUGCUGGAACUCAGUACAGUUUGGUAUCAAGGGACACGAAAUUGCUUGGUGUGAGGAUGGUUUUGAAAAGUAUGGUUGCCCUUACUUGGACUAUCGUGUUUGGGGUGUUCUAUGGAAGGAUUUGGAGCCAGAAGAACUCUGAUGGUGUCUGGUCUUAUGAGGCAAACCAAAGGAUAUUCACAUUUCUUAAGGCUGCUUUAGUGUUUGUCAUACCAGAGUUACUUGCUCUGGUGCUGUUCAUUCUUCCUUGGAUUCGCAAUGUGAUUGAAGAAGCAGAUUGGACUAUAUUGUACAUUUUAACAUGGUGGUUUCACACCAGAAUAUUUGUUGGCCGAGGAGUUAGAGAGGGUCUCAUUGACAAUGUAAAGUACUGUGUUUUCUGGCUUGCAGCGUUGGCUUCAAAAUUCUUGUUUAGUUACUUUCUUCAAAUCAAGCCUCUUGUUGGCCCAACAAGAGCUCUAUUGAAUCUCAGGAAUGUCAAUUACGAGUGGCAUGAAUUCUUCACUAGCACCAACAGAAUGGCAGUAGUAAUGCUGUGGCUUCCCAUUGUCUUGAUAUAUCUAGUGGAUAUGCAAAUCUGGUAUACAGUGUUUUCCUCUCUUGUUGGUUCAACAAUCGGAUUGUUCUCACAUAUAGGCGAGAUUCGAAAUAUUAAACAGCUAAGACUUAGAUUCCAGUUUUUUGCA